CUCACCCACAACACCUCCCUCCCUCCCGUUGACUGUCUCAGUGUCGUCUAUACUGACUGUCUUGUGUGUUGACUGUAUCUCAUCAUGACUGGAACCUACCUGAAGGGGACGCUGGUGGUGGUAGUGGCUCUGGUGGUGACGGCCCAGGCUCUGAAUUACGACUCUCAUCAGACUGCCAAGGCAUGUCCACCGCAGAUUCAGUACGUGACCAUAACACAGUCUGUUCCCCGGCACGUGACAAAGACUGAGUUCCUGACCGACACCCAGUACGUGACCCAGGUCACCACACAGUACCUGACGGAGACGCAGGUGGUGCCAGAGUACGUCACCACCACACAGAGCCUCGACUUGUACGUGACAGAGACGGUCAGGCAUUACGUCACCGCGACCAUCCCUCAGCCUCACUACGUCACCGUCCAGGCCGACUGUCAGCCCCAGGGAGGUUAUGGUGGACGCCCAAUGCCUAGUUAUUAGGGUUAUUAAAGACCCAAACAUUAUAACGUUAUCACCAUCGUUAAAACGUCAACAAAGAUUCCUUAGUUAAAGCCUCGUCCUAAAUGCUUCUGUACUAGAGUCUUAGUGUCGUGUUAGACUUAUCAGAGGCUUUUUUUCAUGUUGGAGAUAUUAACUCAGGAACUUUGAAAACCCAUAAAGGCUUUAUUGCUGUGACGCCAAUAUUUACUUAAACGAUAAUUUGUUCACCUUGAGACGAUCUUGUGGUAUAUGACGUCACAACACCUCAUUAUGAUGCCAUCUCGCCUUUAUUGUGUUUAGUAUUAAGGUUCAUAUUGAGUUUACUUUUACUGCCCGGGUAUUAUGUAAGUUUAAACUGUGUACACAAAUAAAAAUAAGAGUUA